CGGAACUACAAUGAGAGAAGGCAGACUUCCAACUCCACUUCCAAACAAUUAUCCCAUUUAACAUUACAAUACCCAUUGUUUACAGUAAAUAUAUUCUUAAAAAAACACUUUAUCGUUGUAAAGAAAAUACAGUGACGUGUGAAUUCGUGAUAAAAGUGAGUUUAAAAAUUGUGGAAUUAAUGAAAAAAGAAAGAAAGAGAUUAUUGUGCUAGUUCGUCUAUUCCUCGUGGCGCUGUAAAGUGAAAAGAUGACGUAGUGCGUGCAUUGCAUUCGAACAGUAAUCAUAUCUAUGGGAAGUGUCUCGGUCUUUUGUAUUUUUCGCGUCCUUCAUUGAAGAAAAAUUCUAUCGCUUGGAGAAAAGUGCCGGUUGUGAAAAUUGGUUUUUAUGUUAAGAAAAUCAUCAUUGACAGUGCAUUGAUAUUCGAAGCCUUCUUGGGUCACGACGCUAGAAAACUUUGGGACGGCUGAUUUUGGAUUCCAUAAAAUACCAAUCUUUAUUGUGAACGGAAGUAAGGGGAAGAAGAAGACUUUCUAAGGAACUUCAGGGAAUUUGCUCUUCGUAAGGAUUCAAGUGGAAAAGUGCGGAAUCCGAAUUUUCGGAUACUGGGGAGUCAAAUGACUUGGAGGCGACACUAAAUCCCGACUUCUACGUGAUGGACAACGAAGACGGAGCUGGGAAGCAGCAAAGAGCUACGCGUGUCUUUAAAAAAUCCAGUCCCAAUGGAAAAAUUACUGUUUACAUUGGAAAACGAGAUUUCGUCGAUCACAUAACCAGUGUUGAUCCGAUUGAUGGAGUUGUAUUAAUAGAUCCGGAAUAUGUGAAGGAUCGGAAGGUGUUUGGCCAUGUCUUGGCCAUGUUUAAAUACGGAAGGGAGGAUUUGGACGUUUUGGGUCUUUCGUUUAAGAAGGAUCUUUACGUCGCUGUCGAUCAAAUUUAUCCAGUUGUCUCCAAGACGGAACCACCGAGACCGCUAACGAGGCUGCAAGAUCGUCUUCUUAGAAAAUUAGGAAUUAAUGCAUAUCCCUUUUAUUUCGAAUUACCACCGCACUAUCCAGCCUCUGUCACGCUACAACCCGCACCAGGUGACACUGGCAAACCAUGUGGCGUUGAUUAUGAAUUAAUGGCAUUCGUUGGGGAAUCUCAAGAUUGUAGAAUACGUCCACGCAACUCGGUAAAACUUGCAAUACGAAAAAUAAUGUACGCUCCGUCCAGACAAGGUGAACAGCCAUCGACCGAAGUUAGCAGAGAAUUUUUAAUGUCGCCAAGCAGGUUACAUAUGGAGGUAUCUCUCGAUAAGGAGCUCUAUCAUCAUGGUGAAACAAUUUCUGUUAAUGUUUACAUAGCUAAUAACAGCAAUCGAACUGUGAAAAAAAUCAAGGUGUCAGUGAGACAAAUCGCCGACAUCUGCCUUUUUUCCACGGCGACCUACAAAUGUACUGUUGCGGAAGUUGAAAGCGAGGAGGGUUGCCCAGUUGGUCCAGGAUUCACGCUGAGCAAAGUGUUUUCCCUGAGACCUCUUCUUGCCAACAACAAAAACAAAUUUGGGCUUGCCCUCGACGGCCAGCUCAAGCACGAAGACACCAAUUUGGCGUCCAGCACGCUUUUGACAGAUUCGUCGCAACGCGAGAACCUUGGAAUUAUCGUUCAAUAUAAAGUCAAAGUGAAACUUUGUCUUGGAGCAUUAGGAGGGGAGUUGGUUGCUGAAUUGCCAUUCACUCUAAUGCAUCCAAAACCGGAAGAGGAAGAACCAGAGAGGAUAGUUGUGGAACCUCCGAGUCCUGUACAUAACAACAAUGCAAAUAAUAAAGAUGAGAACCUGAUUCAGUUGGACGCUGAAGAGGCAGGAGACGACGAUAUAAUAUUCGAGGAUUUCGCACGUCUGAGGUUGAAAGGAGAAGGUGAUGCUUGACCAAACGAACAGAACGGUUGUACCUGUACGGCACGAUAAAUUGUAUUAGUUUUCUCUCGUUUUUUUUUCAUUAAUAUCAACAUCUCAAUAUUCGAAUUCAACGACUGUGGAGAAAACUGGUCUGAAAAACUCAGGGUUCGCCACAAUUCAGGUAAUCAGAUCCAUUCAGGAGAGGUUGACAAUUAGAAAAAAGACUUUUAAUUACAACCUUACAAUUUAAAAGAAAAAAAAAAAUCCAAAGUAAUAUUGCAUUCAACGUUAUGAAGGAUUCUUGAACUAGACUUUAAAUCGCUUUUUAAAAAUUGAGACAAACUCUCUGUUUUUUGAACUUGAAAAAUAGUACCUAAAUAUAAAAAAAAUAGUUCUAAAAAUAGUUCUAAAAAUAGUUCUGAAAAUAGUUCUAAAAAUAGAACAAAAAUAUCAACUCGGAGAGUAAAGUUAAAAAUUUUAAGGGCAAUUAGACUUUAUUUUUAUUUGGGGAAAAUUUGUUUAUUACUAAAUUAUUUAAUGAGAAGUUUGCCUCUCGUGUUUUUAAUUAAUUGAGUGAAACGAUAUUUUUUUUUUUGUACAUAAAGAAGAUUAUUGACUAGCACGCAAGGUCUGUGUGUUUAAAAGAAUUUUAUUUCAGUAUUUUUAAUAUUAUUUAUAAUAAGUAAUGUUUUACGCAACAGACCAAAAGUGGCACAAAAAAAAAACUUUUAAACGAAUUUUUCUUUUUACAAAAAGUAACGGCACAAAAAAAAACUGAAAAAUAUUUUUUGCAGUCUCGUAAGACUAUAAACAUGGCAGAGAAUAUAUUGCCACACAAAAGGACGAAUUUUAAAAUGUAUAUUGUAAAAUGUCGAGUAAAUAAUUGAAAAUGUAAUUUUCAUUUCUCGACUUGUUGUUCAUCGAUUGGCUCCCGGUUGUGUUUCGAAUAUGAAGUUUUUAAUCCCACCGGAAAAUCGGGGAUUUUACUCAAGCCAACUUUGUUCAAAGUACAAGUGGAAAUCCUUUCACGUUCGAAUCGGAUUAGAGUCUAAAUUUUGAAAGUGCUUGCAUGCUUUGCCGUUCGAACUUAUACCAGUUUACUUGUGAUUCAGAACUCGAAAAUCUCAAAUUGGAGAUCGGCCAAGUCUCAAGGCUUAAGUAUUUUUUUCAAAACGAACAAAAAAAAAGAAUUGUUUUACAAAUAAGAAAUGAAUUUUUAAUAUUUGACAAUUUUAUGAAAUAAGUAUGACAA